GCUUAUCAAGGCCGAAAGCUACAUGUACCAAAUAGCUCAGCGACACUCGUAUAGGGAGGAGAUCGCAGUUCUGUCUAUGGACCACCACGAAUCAACAAACAAAAUUCCUAGAAGCAGCUCAUUGUUCCGCCUGUGCCCAUUCAUGGAUGAAACAGGAGUUCUAAGGAUACGAGGACGAACCAACGAAUGUCGAUUCAUCGAUAGCAGUGUCGCUAAUCCCGUAAUAUUGCCCCGGGAACACAGCAUUACCAAACUCAUCGUGCAAGAUAUCCACCAAAAAUUCCUGCAUCAGAAUCACCAGACCAUCAUUAACGAGCUAAAACAACACUAUUAUAUCCCUCGUCUAAAGGCUAUCUAUAAAUCGGUACGAAAUAGCUGCCAAGUCUGCAAAAAUCUUCGAGCUCGUCCACAACCACCACUGAUGAGUGACCUACCACCGGCGCGCCUUGCAGCAUACAGUCGUCCGUUCAGUCACAUGGGGGUGGAUUACUUCGGCCCAAUUACGGUAUCAGUUGGCCGAAGAGUGGAAAAACGCUGGGGCGUCCUAGUCACCUGCUUGACCACGCGCGCUAUCCAUUUAGAAGUCGCACAUUCACUCACAGCUGACUCUUGUAUCAUGGCUCUUCGCAACGUUAUUGCUAGGAGGGGAAUCCCAGUCGCAAUAUACAGCGACAGAGGAACAAAUUUCGUGGCAGCCAAUAAAGAACUAAAGGCCGCAUUCGCACAGUUGGAUCACAAUAAGAUUACAUCGGAAUUUGUUACACCCAGGACAACGUGGAACUUCAUUCCCCCGUUGUCUCCUCAUAUGGGCGGAGCGUGGGAAAGGCUCAUUCGUACGGUUAAACAGAACCUUGACAAACUACGGUCAAAUCGCUUGCCAACCGAUGAAACGCUCAAAAGUAUGCUAGUAGAAGUAGAAUUUAUCGUAAACUCUCGACCUCUCACCGAAAUUCCUCUGGAUGAUGAUCAAUCUCCAGUGUUGACUCCGAACCAUUUUUUAAUUGGAUCCUCUAACGGGCUACUUCCGUGGUCCUGCCUCGAAAACGAUUCUACUUCGUUGAAACUGAAUUGGCGCCUCUCACAGGCCAUGGCAAACCAGUUCUGGAAACAGUGGCUACACGACUACCUUCCUUCUUUGACUCGUAGAGCAAAGUGGUUUUCGAAGGUGAAGCCGAUCAACAUCAACGAUAUCGUGGUAAUUAUCGACGAAAGGUUGCCCCGAAAUUGCUGGCCUAGAGGACGAGUAAUCUCCACCAAGGAAGCACCAGACGGUCAAGUCAGAUGGGCAACGGUGCAGACGGUUACUGGGAUAUAUGAACGCCCAGCGGUUAAGCUAGCAGUACUAGACGUUGGCGUUGGCAGAAAUACAACUCAGACGGAUCUUCGGUGCAUUGAAGAGGGGAAUGUUGAAUGCGCAACGUCUAACAACCGAAAUACACCCCUGUAGACUUCACGUUAACCUCUGCCACACCUGCGAACGAUAGAAGGGAUUGUACACCGGGCAAUAACUGUCAACAAUAGAGAAGAACAAUAGUGAAGCUGGUCGAAUUGUUUCCUAAAAAUUUGUUACUCCUACUUAAAGUUAAAUUUAUGCUAAAUUCGUUAUUAUCUACUUACCUACCUAAAUUUGUUAUUAUCUACUUUGAGUGGUAAGAAAACAAUGAACUCAAUUACCUAACUUAAACUAAAUUUGUUAUCCUAAAGCAUGCAGAAUAGUUCCAUUCUAAAGAGCCUAAGAACCACGUUGAAAUAGUACCUGUCAUUCACGGCUCCUACACGCG